AUGAAAUUGAGCGUCAAGAGUUCAGAUGGCAAGAUAGAGGUCUUCGAUGGGAUAGAUGAUUGGAGUUUCUCAACUUUGCGUCGUCAAGUAAUCCAGCGGUUCAAUUUGAAAUGCGAUUUUGCAUUGUUUUUCGGUAGUCGUGAGUUGCCGGUAAAUGAUACAAAGCUUUUUGAAUCAGAUAUGGAAUUCGUUAGUGGAGAUCGUCUAAGAUUGGUCGUAAAUGGAAAGGGGCUUUCUGCUGAUACAAGCGGAUGCUCUUCAGAAUUUUGGACAAGAACUGGAAGUAGCAAUUUGGAUAAUGCGAAAAAAAAUGAAACCGUUUUCGAAGUUGUGUUUGAUGAAAUGGAACGAAAUGGGUUUGAACGCGUAGGACACAAAGAAGGUGAUACGCGUUGGACAUUUCGUCAUUCGGAUUCAGUUCUUGUUGUUGAGAUCGAUUUUCGUGUUUACAAUGACCGACUGGUGAAGUAUGUUCACGCUACUGCUAGCAUUUACCAUCCUUCCGGUCGGCAGUUUCUAGAACCAGUUGUUUUAGAGGAAAAAAGCAAUGAUUUGAAAAAGAAGGUUUCCGAGUGUUUGGUUUCACCACUGAAGUUAGCGUUACUGGGGCAUGAAAAUCCGUUCUUACGUUUGCUUGGGAUUGGAGUGAUAGCUGAAUACUUGUUCGAAAUGUUGGAUGCUAAGAGCGUGUUACGAUUAGAGAGAACAAAUAAAUAUGCUCUUAAAAUAUGCCGAGGUCAAGGAAUGGAAAGAAUUUGGAAACUUUUCUGUCAAAGGGAUUUUGGAAAAGAUGCUGCUAUAUUAAAAAAAGAAUCAUAUCGCGAAGCAUACAAGAGGUUGCACGUUCGACAUGCGCGAGAGCUUAAUUUUUUGCGAAAUCUACUGGAACCUGAUUCUCACUGCGAUGUUCCUGUUCGCGUAUCUUUCCCACAUCCAACAUACGGACCGAGAAACCCUGAUCCUGAUAUUCCUGAAGGCCCAUUCCAAUCUCCCUCUCAUAAUCCAUAUAUGCCAAAUCCCUUCCCAUUUCCUGGUCCAGGAAAUCCUCUCCAUCCCUUGUAUGGUCGUGAAUUAUUACCGAGCCGUCCCGUUAGACCUAGCGGUAUUCCUAGAGUGUUCCCACGCGGUCAUCGUCCGCCAAAUCAGGGAAAUAUCUAUCGUGAUUACAUGUAA